CAAAAAGCCAAGUCUGAAAGUCAUAGGGGCGGAAACCAAAACUAGCUUGCUGGGGAAAGAACAGGAGCUGUAAGAGAAGAGGGUGGGGGAGUCCCAGCAUGCCCAUCGGCCUAAGCAGCUGACUUCCUGGUCUUGGCGGGCUGGCAGCAGACAGGCUGCAGCAGGCGAGCAGCAGCAAGAGUAAAAGGUGACCGCGGCUGCCCACCCCAGAGCCAUGGGGCGGGCACGAGAUGCCAUCCUGGACGCUCUUGAAAACUUGUCAGGGGAUGAGCUCAAAAAGUUCAAGAUGAAGCUGCUGACAGUGCAACUGCGAGAAGGCUAUGGGCGCAUCCCACGCGGGGCCCUGCUGCAGAUGGACGCCAUAGACCUCACUGACAAACUUGUCAGCUACUAUCUGGAGACAUAUGGCUUGGAGCUCACAAUGACUGUGCUUAGAGACAUGGGCUUACAGGAGCUGGCUGAGCAGCUGCAAAAGAUUAAGGAAGAGUCUGGAGCUGUGGCAGCUGCAACCAGUGUCCCUGCUCAGAGUACAGCCAGAACAGGACACUUUGUGGACCGGCACAGGCAAGCACUCAUUGCCAGGGUCACAGAAGUGGACGGGGUGCUGGAUGCUUUGCAUGGCAGUGUGCUGACUGAAGGACAGUACCAGGCAGUUCGUGCAGAGACCACCUGCCAAGAUAAGAUGAGGAAGCUCUUCAGCUUUGCUCCAUCCUGGAACCUGACCUGCAAGGACUCCCUCCUCCAGGCCUUGAAGGAAAUACAUCCCUACUUGGUGAUGGACCUGGAGCAGAGCUGAGGUAUCUUUUCCAGCUACAUUAUCUAGCUCCUGACUUUGUAUACACAAUUUUCAAAAAAACAAUUUGUAUUUGUGUUU